AUUCCACAGGAAGAAGAAGAGCUGAAAUGUCAGACUCGUUCCUCCGUUUCCUCCUGUCAUUAGUCUCCAAAACAAACUUGGCAGUGACACUUGUACGGUCUAGUUUGCUGGUAUGUCGAGUACAGGUUGUCGUUCUGCUCUCAUGUUUGUUUACUGUUUGAAACGUUUACCUUUUGGAGGAACUGAAAACUUCUACCUCACUCUCGGUGUGAGUGAGCAGGCCGUGAUGACAUACACUCGCAGUCUGAGGCUUUACUGAAGCGACUGACUGAACGACACUGGCUUGCAAGAUAAGCAAUAAACCUUAUUUUAAAACUAGAGGUGCUGCUUUAUGUUUUCUUAUACUUAUCAGACGUGUAAAGUAACCCUGAAACAGGAGGACUGAGCUGGACUGGCCUGCACCGAAACCACACCGAGGACCAAUGCGAUAAGAAGAACAUUUGAUUUGAGCGCUACAUUCACUUAAAAGACAACCAGCAAGCAAGCGGACGACUGACAGCCCGACUGGAUGAAGCUUUUCGAGAACAGUCCUCGCCAUCCUCUGUCCAUGAUGUGACACAAGCCUCGUAUGCUCGCUUGUUAGCUGCCAAAGUUGGCCUUCGUGAACAUGCUGCGCCUGGAGGACGUGGCCAAUGUGGUCCUCAGGGUGCCCAGCAUCAUCGUGCUGGACCUGCUCUAUAAAUGCGACAUCGAGAGCUUCACCUAUCACCUCAGGGCGAGGAGUGAAGACAUGCUCUUCAAGUACAAAUACGUCCUGUGGAACCUGUACUACCUAGGUCACUUAGUGAGUACGGUAGUCCUGUUGUUGCCACUUGGACACAUUGUGCAGCUCUAUCUGCAUAUUCUCACUGCCCUUCUGCUCUACAUGGGCCAUCAGAUUGCCAGGGAGUAUGUGUUGGCAGAGGGUCAGUACGAGUAUGAAAGGGCACUCUUUCUGGAUCCUCCAGCUUUGAAUCGUUUUGUAACUGCACUAACAAGUCAGAUUAUUGUCACCACACUCUGUGCGUUCCUCAUGCGCACUCGCCGUGUGUGGCUCUUCUCUGCUCACUUGCUCCCUCUGCUGGCGUGUGUGUGUUCAGUUUCUCGAGACAGUAUCCUCACACUCACCACUGUUUCCAUGGGGAUAACGGGGGCAGAGGUCGCUGUGUUCCUCCUCAUGAAUCUCUUUGUACCAUAUAGACUGGCCAGAGCAGCUUACAGUGAAAUAGCUCAAGUAGAGAUGAAUGAUUUGUACCGACUGCUGGCAGUGGGGGUGUCACUCUGGCAUAGUUUUGCUGUGCCUGUGUUGUUCAGUGUCUUCUGGUUUGUGCUGUUUGGAGUUCAGCUCGUCUCCAAUGCUGGUACCUCCUCUGCAAUCCAAGAGGGGCUCCUUCUCUACCUUCUCACCAGUGUGUCUGAGUGCUGUGCUAGCCCUUACUCUUUGCUGGGUUUGACGUUUGUGGUUUCCUAUUCGGCUUUGGGACUCCUGAAUCUCUGCAAGUUCUACCUGGGAGGUUUCACAGCUCUGCAGAACCACAAUGUCAUGCACAGGGGUGUGACAGAGGGUGUGACUCUACUGUUGCUAGCUCUGCAGACUGGCUUGUUGGACAUGGCGGCCCUGCAACGCUGCUUCCUCCUCUUCAUCAUUCUCUUCAUUGUUCUCACUUCCACUCUGCAGAGCAUGAGUGAAAUAACCGAGCCCAUUGUGCUUGGACUUGGUGCCAGUAGAAACAGGAGUGUGUGGAAGCAUGUACGAGGGCUGAGCAUGUGCGUGUUUCUGCUGCUAUUCCCUGCGUUCAUGGCCUAUAAGAUCUCCCAGUUCUUCCACAUGGACUUCUGGCUUCUCAUCCUGGUGUCCAGCUGUAUGCUCACAUCACUGCAGGUAACAGGCACUCUGCUGAUCUACUGCCUCUUCAUGGUGGAGGUGUGGCGCAGCGCUGCUCUGCCUGGCCUAGAUGAAGUGGUGUAUUAUGUGAAUGGGGUUUGUCGGGUGCUGGAGUUCGCCGUGGCGCUGUGUGUGGUGGCGUACGGGGCAUGGGAGUCACUGUGGGGCGAGUGGAGCUGGAUGGGGGCAUCGGUUAUCAUCAUCCACUCCUAUUGCAAUGUAUGGUUGCGUGCCCAGGCUGGCUGGAAGAGCUUCCUACUCCGACAGGAGGCAGCACGCAAGAUCAAUUCACUUCCACGGGCGAGCACUCAACAGCUACAGGACCAUGGUGAUGUCUGUGCCAUUUGUUUUCAGGAUAUGACAUCAGCCGUGAUAACAUACUGUGGACAUUUCUUCCAUGGAAACUGUCUUAGGAAGUGGCUGUAUGUGCAGGAAACAUGCCCCAUGUGCCACACCUCCAUCAAACCACCAAUAUCGACCCCGUCAGCUGCUGCUGGUGACGCCCAUCCUCACCCAGCUCAACCAGAGCCCCGCCCACCUCAGCAAGAGCCUGUCCCUGAGCAUGCUGACAUCCAUCACGAAGAAGAACAGGGCUCAGAGGGACAUGGAGCUCAUUCACCAGACAAGGAAUCUGAGUCAGGGGGACCGUACAGGAAAAUGAGUCUGCAUGACCUAAACUGUAGCUCCAGUGGAGACUCCAAAGUGAUGCCCAUCUCUGCAGGUGAUGCCCAUCCAUACCCAAUGCAAUCACAGCCCCACACAGCUCAGCAAGAGCCUGCCCCUGAAUAUGAUAACAUCCAGUACAAAGAAGAACAGGGCUCACAGGGAGAUGGGGUCCAUUCACUGCACAAGGAGCCUGAAUCAGAGGGACUGCACAAGAAAAUGAGUCUGCAUGAUCUAAACUGUAGCUCCAGUGGAGACACUAAAAGAUUGGACGCUGCUGUACCUUCCAGCUCCUCAGUAGGAAGGACUAACCAGCCCAGAGAGUCCAAUUCAGUAAUGGACUUGGACAAACAGAGUACAGGACAAGCAGAGAGCCAUGACUUCGCUAGUUGUCCUCAGUCUCUCAGUGGUAGUUAUCUGUUCUGCGAGCCAUCAGAACAUACUUGAUGAGAGACUUUUAGGAGACUGUGGAAAGGCACAAGUCUCAAAGAACUUAAUUACUGCCUCGUCGCUUAUAUCUGGGUACCAAAGACUACAACACUAGCAUUUGUGGAGGAGUUAAGCUUUGUCUUGUCAUGCUGAACAUAUGCUGGGUCCUCCAUCACAUUAUCCUGUCAAGCAAUACCAAAUGUAUUUAUCUUUGACAUUCUUGGAGCUAAAAUUGUGUUGGAAUGGUUUAAUAUGCCUAGGUUGUUGUGAGGUUGUCCAGGUUUGAACAAAUACAGUUUCCUUUAGAAAGAUUACCUGAUUAACUGAUGGAACUGACAUUAUUGUGCUGAAAUACUGUACAGCAAUUGAAGUAAUUAACUUAAUUCCGUUAACUUUUCAGGGCAAGUUAUUGUUCCUGUCUUUCUUAUGCCAGUGGGAAACUGGCAUAUCUGAAAAGUCUUCUACAUGUUAAAGCUUAAAAUCUGAUGAUUCAGAUGAAUGAUGGUUGGGUGACUGCUAUUCAACACAAAGUAUGUAGAAAUCCGAUAGUGCCUGAAAACAUUUCUGUUUCGCUCAGUCCUAAUUGUCAUACUUAAAUUAUGUCCUCAUGUCCAUUGCCAAACUGUUUUUUUUUUUAUUCAUGAAAUUGUUGUUUAGCUGUUGCACCGUUUUAUUCUUUUGCUCUUAGCUAGUUUAAUUUUCUUUCUAAUUAUCUUGUUCUUUUCAUGUUAUUUUCUAUUGACGGUACUUUCUCUAUGCAUUACACAUAUUACAUACUGAGCCACUGUAAGUCUUCUCAAAGUAGAAUAGUGAAAAAGCAAAUCAGUGUCCCUCUCAUUUUUUAAAAUCUAAACAAUCAUAUCUAACCAUAUCUCCUGUACUGUGAUGUGAACCAUGUUCAUGUACUCACAUUUCACAGACAACAUGUAUCAACAGCAUUCCUUGGUCAAGUAAAGAACAGCAAACCUGA